UUCCAUAUUUAUCCUUCCGUCUAAAGAUGGCGGAGUAUGCGAACCUCGUCCGAAGGGCUUUGGGGCAGUUAGGAGGUCAUGGUGGACUCCGAGGUUUUCUCGUUCAAUUCUUCAGAGCGAAUGACAUCAAAACAGGCACUUUGAUCGGCGUGGAUAAAUAUGGAAAUAGAUACUAUGAGGACAAGAAGCACUACUUCUUCGCACGUCACCGUUGGGUGAUCUAUACCACAGAGAUGAAUGGGAAGAACACCAUGUGGGAGGUGGACGGUAGCAUGGUGCCCGCUGAAUGGCAUCGCUGGCUGCACUGUAUGACAGAGCAUCCCCCCACCACACAUCCUCCAGAGCCCAAGAAGUUCCUUGCUGAGACCCACCAGAUCAACGUGAGUGGCACCCCUCAGCAGUACGUGCCCUACUCCACCACCCGCAAGAAGAUCCAUGAGUGGGUUCCCCCGAAGGCUGGAGCCCAGUGAACUCUGACUGCACGCGUCAUCUUCCACGUUGUAAAUUAUGGUUUCUUGCCACUGUAUCCAAUAUGUCCCCAAUAAAAUCUCUUUACAGAUGUUUA